CAGCAGGCCUUCCUAAAUGGGGCCUCAGGAACACACGCUCUUCUGGAGUCCUGCCCUGCAGCUGGGAAACGAGGAGAGGCCCACAGCAGUUUAGGUCAUAAAGAGGAGGGGAUGGCAGCGCUGGCCACCCUGGUUCAGGAGGAGUGGAAAGGAGUUCUGCCUUCUCUGGGUCACGACGAGUGGAGGGAAGUACUAGUCUCUCUGGGCCAGGAGGAGUGGAGUGAAGUACUGAUGUCUCUGGGUCAUGAGGACAAGGAGACAGAGGUAGUAGCUACUCUUAGCCAUGAUGAGAAGGGGAGUGGAGAGCUACCAGCCAAUCUGUGUCUAGAAGGAACCAACAACCAGGGAGCUGGGGAGGAGCUGGCUCAGCCAGAGAAGAGUGACGAGACUGAACUCAAAGAACUCCUAGAGCAGAUAGAGCAGUUCAGCCAGCUGACGCUGACAAGGCAGUCAGAGAUAUUAGAGCAGAUUCAACAGCUAAGGGAGAUAGAAAAAUCAGAGCUGAUUGAACCGGCAGAGUGGACAGAGAAGUCACAACAAUCUGAGCUGAUUGAAGAGUCAGAAAAGAUGGAACAGUCAAAGCAGACAGAAGAGUUAGAGCAAAUGGAAGAGUCAAAGCAGAUAGAGCAGUCAGAACAGAUAGAAAAGUCAGGGAAAAUAGAAGAGUCAAAGCAAAUGGAGCAGUUGGAGCAGGCAGAAGAGUCACAGCUGACGGAGGAGUCAGUGCAGAUUGAACAGUCAGAGCAUACAGAGCAGUCACAACAGUCAGAGCAGAUGGGGCAGUCAGAGCAAAUAGAAGAGUCAAAGCAAAAGGAACUGUUGGAGCAGGUGGAAAAGUCAAAGCUCAUGGCAGAGUCAGAGCAGAUAGAACAGUCAGAACAGACUGUGCAAUCACACCAGUCAGAGCAAAUGGUCAGAGGUACAAAGUCGGAGUACAACAAACAGUCAGAAGAGACAGAACAGUCGGCGGCGACAGAACAACCACAACAGCCAGAACAACUGGAGCAGUCAAAGCAGGUGGAGGAGUCAGUGCAGACAGAGGAGACAGAAAAGACAGACCAGCCAUAUAAUACAGAACAUUUACAGCAGGAGUCAGAGCUGGUGGAACAGUCACAGCAGGGGGAAGAGUCAGGGCAGGAGCAACAGUCAGAGCAGACAGAGAAGACAGAGCAGUUACAACAGUUAGAUCAGGUGGAACAUUCAGAGCAGAGGGAAGAGUCAGAGCAGGUGGAACAGUCAGAGCAGACAGAGAAGACAGAGAAGUUAGAACAGUCAGAGCAGGUGGAACAUUCAGAGCAGACAGCAAGUUCAAACCAGAUAAAUCAUUCAGAGAAAGUGGAAGAGUCAGAGCAGAUAGAACAGUCAGAGAACUCCACUGUGCAGCACAUAGAUGGAACAGAAGUCUCAGAGCAGAACGAGAAGACCCAGCAAGCAUCACCACCAGAGGAGAUGGAGGACCGCACACACCAGACAGAGCCGGCAGAGAUGUCUCUCCCCGUGGUGAACGGGGGAGGGGUGGACGUGGAGGAAGCACGCAGACUUGCUGAGAGGCUCUACAGGCUGCAGGACGUGCGACGCACAGAAGUGGUCAGACACAUGGACAAGGACAAUGAGUUCAGCAGAACUGUUGGGGAGGAGUACCUGAAGUUCUUUGACUUCACCGGCCAGAGUCUAGACCAAGCUUUGAGGUCCUUUCUGAAAGAGGUGGUGUUGAUCGGAGAGACACAGGAGAGAGAGCGAGUACUGCAGCGCUUUGCCCAUCGUUUCCUGCAGUGCAACCCCGACAGCUUCUCUUCCUCAGGACCGGUUAUCACGCUCACCUGUGCCGUGAUGCUCUUGAACACUGAUCUGCAUGGGCAGAAUGUGGGAAAGCCCAUGUCCUUGUCGAGCUUUAUUUCAAACCUGGAUGGGAUGAAUGAAGGCCAGAAUUUCAACAGGGACACGCUGAAGGGCCUUUACAACUCUAUUAAGAGUGAACCACUAGAAUGGGCAGUAGACGAAGAGGAACUGAAGACCUCCACCAUGUUGCCGGGGGAUGUUAGAACAGACGCACCGCCACGCUCCAGGAGCAACCCCUUCCAGGACGUGCCUCACGAUGAAUCUGCUGCAGUGUUUAAGCAGGGCUUCCUCACGCGCAAGACUCACGCGGACAUCGAUGGCAAGCGCACUCCCUGGGGGAAGAGAGGCUGGAAGACCUUUUACGCUGUGUUGAAAGGCAUGGUACUCUACCUGCUGAAGGAACAGUACAGCACGGAGUGGCAGAGCGCAGAGGAAGCGGUCAGUGUGCACCACGCCCUGGCGGAGCCGGCGGUCAACUACACUAAGAAGCAGAACGUCCUCCGGCUGCAGACGGCCGACUGGAGGGUGUUCCUCCUGCAGGCCACCUCGACGGAGCAGAUGAGCUCCUGGAUCUGCAGGAUUAACCUGGUGUCAGCACUCUUCUCCUCCCCUCCUUUCCCUGCUGCUGUGGGCUCCCAGAGGAGAUUCAGCCGGCCCAUCCUGCCAGCCACGCCCUGUGCCCUCACCCUGGAGAGCCAGUUGCAGUCUCACUCCCGCAUGCUGGACUCCUUCUGUCUGGACCUGGAGCUCCUGCAGGAGGACCCUCCUGACGAACGCAAGGCCAAAGCGAGAGAGAUAGAGGAGCACAAGCAGAGGGAGGAGUACCUGCAGCAUGAGAAGACCCGCUAUGAGGUGUACCUGCAGAUGCUGGAGGCGUGGCAGAACAUGGGCGGGGAGGUGGGCGGUCCAGUGGGCGAGGCCGAGCUGGACCGCUUCGACAGAGAGACAUGGGCCGAGGGCAGAGCAGAGCGCAGGGAGGGGCGUCUAAAGAAGUCCUACUCUAGCCCCUCUCUGGACCUGGAGGCGGCCCCGCCCCCGGCAGUGACGGUCAAACGCAACACCUCGGAGAGGCGCACCUACCGCAAGGUCAUCGUUCCACGCCGCAACAGGGACAUGUGAAAGAGGAAGCCCCUGCCAAAAGUGCCGCCCUGGGACAGAGAAGAGUGUUAUGAAAGAGGGCCCCCCACGAGAUCACUGCUCUGUAGGGGUGCAGAGCACAUGGCCUUAAUGGAACUUCAUCCUUUGUGAAUACAUCUCACCCCUUCCGCAAACCCCUUAUUUAUUUAUUACCAAACACAGUGAAAUACCUUUCUUGUUUUUUUUUUUUAAACUGCCAUUUAAUCUCCUCUGGAAACUAACUCUAGUGAUUUUGUAUACCUAAUUUCAGUGAGAUCCUACACGAAUCCUACAGAUGUUGGAGGUGGACCUGUUCAGCACAGGGGUUGAGAAUGGUCCAAAAAACUCAUAAAAGACUCUGUAAACUUCACAGGCCUAUAAUAUGCAAAAGAAAAAUAGAUCUUUUUCACUUGCACUCACAGCAG